AUGGAUACUUUGGAAACAUUAUUCUCUAAUAAUGCAUAUACAUUAGCCGCUCUUUCAUCAACAAGUGGAUUAAUAGAUGAGGUAGAUAUUUAUUCCAAUUAUGAAUGAAAAAAGUAAUCCUUGUAUUUUUUUAGGAUGCUGAUGUGAAAGUAAAAGAAGAGCCUGAAGAAGAAGAAGAAGAUCAUGUUGAUAGUGAUGAUGAUAUGAAAAUUGAUUUUUCUGCAGCUAUUAUGGCUGCAACAAAUGCAUUAGCAACAAUGAAUGAACAAAAUCAAGCACAACAAUUAUUAGCACAACAAAAGUUUGAGAAAUGUCUUCAACCGCCUCGAACAAUAAAAAAGAGGACGAUCAAUUUCAAAUGUUGCAAAAGCAAUUGUUGCAGCAGCUAAUAAUAAACAAUCAAUAUUUAUUCCACCAAUUGAACCAUCUUCAUCAACAUCUUCACCGCCUCGAAAACAAACAUCUCGACCUGAUCGAGGAAAAUUCACAAUUCUUGAUGAUAUGACAGUUGCAGAACCCGAAGAAGUUCUUGAUGUUGAAUUUAAUCCAGAAAUGUUACAAAAAAUCUUUGCUGAUCCGAAGCUUGGACAACAUUUGUAUAGUAUUCAAUUCUUAGCUCGUUUUGGUUUAAUUCCAAAUACUCGAGUUUGUCGAGUUCCAGAUUGUCCAAAAGAUCAAUUAAUGAGUUUAAUUAAACAUGCAAAUGGUUUUGUUUGGAGAUGUCGAUCAUGUCGAAAAAGACGAGAGAAAAAGAUAAUCACUAAAAUAUCUGUAUAUGAAGGAACAUUUCUAUUUUAUUCUCGAAUGCCAUUGAACAAAUUUUUCAUAUUUAUGCUUGUUUGGUGUGAAAAUCCUGGUUUGUCAAUUAGCGAAUAUAAUAAAUUGAUGGGAGAAAAUCGACUUGUCGAAGAAACAAUUUAUAAUACUAUUGGAUUUAUGAGAGAUAUUAUUCAGAAUUGGUGAGGUUUUUAUUUUUGUUUUGGUUCGACUUUGAAGGUUAUUUGAGAUUAAAACCUUUUUUUUUCUAGGUGUGACUCGUUUGCCACAUCAUUUGUUCCAAUCGGUGGACCUGAACGAUAUAUCGAAAUGGUUGAAACUAUGUCAACUGAACAACUUAGUAGUAAAACAAGAAAUCGUAGAACUCGACAUUAUACAACAAGAACUGUUUUUAUUUCAUUAGCUGAUAAUAAAAUGAGAACUGUUGAUGCAACAUUAGUAAGUUAUUAUUAGGAAAUAUUUGAUUUUUCAAAAUAUUAUUAUUUUCAGAAUACUGUUCAAGAUUUGGAAAGAGCACUUUUAGAAAGUGUUGAAAUGGGAAGUGUUGUUUUGAUGAAAGAUUCUUUGUUGGAAAGAUUUGGAACAGCUGAAGAGGUUAGUUCAAAAUAUUUUCUAAUUACAAAUAAUUUCAAUAUGUUUUUCUAGGUUUCAAACACACUUUGCAAUCAUUACAAAAUUCGUGCAAUUUCUGAUUGUUGGCCAAAUUUCGAUGUAAAUGAAAGAAAUCGACAAUUCCUUAAAACUCAAAUGAACCAAAUACCAAAUGCAAGUCAAGAACCAUAUGCCUAUGAAUACUUUUUCCGUCGAUGUUUUCAAGACAAAUGUUUCAAUCAUCUCUUGCGAGUUAUUCGUCUUUUAUACACCAAAUCAUAG